UGACAGAAGAAGCACAUACUUUCCUGCCCACAAGAAUGCCGACGUCCUACUGGUCUACAGCAGAGCGGAGCCCUGAUAUCCAGAAGGAGAGCAGUUGUGUUACCAUUAAAGCUUCUCAAAGCUAUGCCGUGCUUCAAAAUGAAGACUUCGUGCUGGAGCUCGCGAAGUUUUCCUCACUUCUCUUCCCUCGUUCUUUGAGUCACUACAUUCAGCUCUGCUAUCUAUACAUCAAGUCAGACGGAAGACGGCUUUUCUCAAAAGAUCUCAUACGCAAAGAUGCGUUUCGCUGAUGCUUCGUUCGCGACAGCGUGCUUUGUGCAGCUGUUUGUGCCUGGAUGGAGUUGGCCACAACCCGAUGGCCAGCCCCACGAUGAGCUAUCAGCCCUUUCCGCCUAUGGAUCCGAGCAACCAGGAGCCAUAUCGCCACAGGUCGCAGUGAUAACUCCGAGAGUCAUGGUAGCACCCGCUGUAUACAAGAUGGUACUGACCACUGGUACUGGUACUGGUCCUAGUCCAUCCUCGACUCAGCCUCCCUCGUCAACUUAUUCCACUGGAGGCGUGACAUUCAAAGUCCAGCAAGAUACGAACUACCAAGGCACUCUACUCAACAUCCUGAAACGCGGCUUCAAUAGAAAACGUGCCGCUAGCGAUGGUAUCGACGCGUGCAUGGACAAGUGUGCGAACAGUACCAUGUGCUCUGGAACUGCAUACGACCGAAAUUCGAGCAUGUGUACAUACUACAGCUCAGUUGAUCGAACCACCGAGCAACAAAAAGAUGGUAUAACCUUUGCGAAUGUCGAGAACCGCAACACUAACAGUAGCGGUAAUGGUACUACCACCGCCUCGUCGUCCACCGUGAGCGGCACUGCUGUGUCUUCGUCGAUGACAAGCGGGAUGUACACCAACAGCACAUCGAGUCAGUCUAGGACCAGAUCCAUGAACAGUACCUCAAGUCUCUCCAUGUCGAUGACGGCGAACAGCACAUCGAGUCGCCCGACGACUAUGAGCGCAAACAGCACAUCAAGCCGACCAACUACCAUGAGUAUGAGUAUGAACAGCACAUCGAGUCGUUCAACGACCGUGAGCAUGAACAGCACUUCAAGCCGUCCUAUGACAACAAGCAUGAAUGGUACCUCAACUCGUUCAUCAUCCAUGUCUACCAGUAGCAUGGCCUCGAACACCACAUCAGCGACUUCAGCCACCCCAACCAAUUCCGUCGGAACCAGAUCGUGCAACCAAAUCGCGGCAUCUGGUAAUACUUUUACCGAUGGAAACAACGUCACGUACGCCGUCAUUUGUGCCAAAGGCAAUAUGCUACUCUUCGCAAGAGGCCUAAGUCCCAGAGCUGACGGCGAUCUGGGUACCGUACAAUCUGGCAGCUUUGAGGGUUGUGCUCCAUACUGUGACAGCAAUUCGCAGUGCAGUUCCUACAGCUACACAAGCUCUAAUGGGACCUGCUAUUUGUCAAGCUCUAGCAACGUAACUCAGCCCAUCGCUGGUCGAGACUAUGCGUACAAGGUUCAGAGACAAACUUCGUCCAGCUCAAGCUCAACGGUCUCGAGCACAUCAAGCACUUCGAGCAGGAUAUCAAGCUCUCCCUUAUCUGCCACCUCUACCACAUCGUCUUCAUCAACCUCCGACUUUGUUCCUGAUGGCUACUCAAUUUCAAAGACCACAAUCUGUCAAACGCCAACAGGGGCUGCGGUCAGUGCAGCGACCACAUCGUCGUCUUUUUUAUCCUUGAGUAGCUCGAGCGCCAGCUCGGGCACCCCGCUGUCUAGUACUUCGUCCAUGUCUUUGUCUACGAACUCUCUUGUCUCUUCCACAAGCUUGAGCUCCUCUUCGUCUUCGCCCGUCACAAUGACCCAAGUUGUGACCUCAACGCCGCCGGCCAGCACAACUACCCAGGCAACUACAACAACGCAACAAACGACCAUAACGCAAGCUACGACUACGACACAGGCAACCACAACGACUCAGGCCACAACCAUAACACAGGCAACAACAACUACGCAAGCUACAACCACGACCCAAGCGACAACGAUCACGCAAUCUACGACUACGACCCAAGCAACCACGACAACGCAAGCGACGACGACCACUCAGCCGACAACAACUACGCAAUCAACCACCGUGACACAAGCUACGACCACAACUGCUUCUCCAGUCGCAACUCAGAUGCGAGUCAGGACUCAGGUCCGCAUGGUGCCAGUCAGAAGCGAGUCGCCAUCAGUCCAGAGUAUUAGAACCGUCGUCUCGAUGCGACCCGUCAGACCAGAAACAUCCACUACUGUUAGUGAUGAGUCUUCUCCGACGGGUGUAGUGAUAUCAACAAUUCGUUCGACCCUGAGAGUCACCCAAACGGUAGCUCAACCGACCACAACGGCUGAGGUCGUGACAGUGACUUCUGAUGUUCUUGUUCCAACUGGAAUAUCCACCGUCACAGCACCUGGCUCCACUGUCAUCAUGGAAGUCGACAAGACCGUCACCACAGGCGUUUCUACUGUCACGGCACCUGGUUCCACUAUUGUUAUGGAAGUCGACAAGACUACGGUCACGACUAGCGAUGAAGCUCAAACGAGCGUCGUCACCAUCACGUCCGACGUCACUACCAUCAGACCUUCCUCUAGUCCCACGAACUUUGUGACCCUUCGUCGUAGAGAUGAAAAGCAAAAGGUCGAGAAGGAAGAGAAAGCUGCAGGCAAGGGGAAAGAACAGAAACCUUUCUACAAGCAGGCUGGCCGAUCUUGGUUUGCCUUUGACAGCAUGACCGAGAUAUGGAUGUGAGGUUGUUUCUUCAGACAUCAUCGCAUCACAUCCGAUUGUACACCUCCUUCUAGUUCUCAGCAAAUCAUCCUCCUACCACAUCUAAUCACAUUUUCAGUGAAGAAAAAGCACCAACAUUUUGGUAAGACGAGUCUUGUAUUUUGUUUUGGUCUUUUGUAGUUGUUCUUUCUCUCACCCCAGUCGCUCUUUCUGUUUUUGUUCUCCUUUCAGGAAGUUUGUAUGUAAAUCACGUAGUCACUCCCUUAAUGUAGAAUUUUUUUGCUACAGAAAAGAGAGGAAACCCAUUGCCAGACUUGUGUCUCCCCUUUUGAUGAAUGCAAUGCUGUAGUGAGGUAUCGGGGUGUUUUUUUUGGUUGUCUGCAAAACCACUGCUCAUCCUUACCCUUCUUCUCCCGAGAUCAACGUCGGCAUCGAGCUGAAACCUGUCGAAAAUGCACACUCAGUUUUCAAAACUUCUACAUGCUGUCUG